AUGCAGCUCCGCCGCGCAGCCGCCGCCGUGGCGGUUCUACUGUUCUCUACUCUCCUCCUCCUCCCCUCCGUCGCCGACGCCCAUAACAUCACCCGCAUCCUUGCCCAGCACCCCGAGUUCUCCACCUUCAACCACUACCUGACCGAGACGCACCUGGCGCCGGAGAUCAACCAGAGGGAGACCAUCACCGUCUGUGCGGUGGACAACGCCGCAAUGUCGGAUCUGCUCGCCAAGCACCUCACCAUCGGCGCCAUCCGCAACGUCCUCUCCAUCCAUGUCCUCCUCGACUACUUCGACGGGAAGAAGCUCCACCAGAUCACUGACGGCACCGCCCUCGCCGCCACCAUGUUCCAGGCCACCGGAUCCGCCCCGGGCUCCACCGGCUUCGUCAACAUCACGGAUCUGAAGGGCGGUCGGGUCGGGUUCGCCCCGCAGGACGGCCCCGUCGCCGCAACCUUCGUCAAGUCCGUCGAGGCCAUCCCCUACAACAUCUCCGUCAUCCAGAUCUCCUCCGUCCUACCCUCCCCGGAAGCCGAGGCGCCAGCGCCGGCGCCGAGCCAGGCGAACAUAACUGCCAUCAUGUCGGCGCACGGCUGCAAGGUCUUCGCCGAGACGCUGCUGGCCAAUCCAGACGCCGAGCAGACGUUCGAGAGCAACGUCGAAAGCGGGCUCACUAUAUUCUGCGCCGGGGACGAGGCUAUGAAGAGCUUCGCCCCCAGAUUCAGAAACUUAACCGCGGCCGGAAAGCAAUCGCUGCUGGAGUACCACGGGAUCCCGGUCUACCAGUCGAUGGCCGGCCUGAAAUCGAGCAAUGGCCUGACCAACACGCUGGCCACCGACGGCGCCAGAAAGUUCGAUUUCACGGUGCAGAACGACGGCACCGACGUGACGAUCCGGACGGGAAUCGUGACGGCGAAGAUCAGGCAUACUCUGAUUGACGACCAGCAAUUGGCCAUCUACGAGGUGGACAAGGUCCUGAUGCCAAGGGAGCUGUUCAAGGGAGCGCUGGCGCCGGCGCCGGCGCCGGGGCCCGUGGCUGACGCGGAGUCCCCGAGGCCGGCCAAGGGGAGGCGUCAUAGAGCUCCGGCAGCUCCUGCGGCGGAUUCUCCGGCGGAUUCGCCGGACGGUGAUGUGGCGGAUCAGACGGCCGAUAAUAACGGCGCAUCUGGAUUUGAGGGUGGGAGAUUUGUGGCUGUUAUUUUGAGCUUCUGGUUUGCAUAUCUACAGUUAUGA